AUGGAGUCCAGCAUGUACAACAAUUUGAGGAAAUUAAUAACCGUUAUUGAUGAACUGAGGGAUAUAGGAUUACAGAAAUACAUUAACUUACCUCGCAUAUGUGUUGUUGGAACACAGAGCAGUGGAAAAAGUAGCGUUCUAGAAUCAAUUGUUGGUUUAGAUUUUUUACCCAGGGGUGAAGGGAUCGUGACGAGAAGGCCUAUAGAAUUUCGAUUAAUUCAUAUAAAGGAAGAUAACGAAAUAAAGCAUUGGGCAAUAUUUGAAGAUGAUAAAAAUAAAAAAUUUACAGAUUUUAAUGAAGUAAGAGAACAUAUAAAUAAUCUAACAGAUGAAUUAGCCGGAAAAAAUAAAGGAAUCAUAGAUGAACCAAUUGUAUUGAAUAUUUAUUCAACAAGUUGUCCAGAUUUAUCACUUAUAGAUUUACCUGGGAUAACUAGAGUACCAUUAAAAAAUUCUGAUCAGACAGAUGAUAUAGAAAGGUUAACAAGAGAAAUGGCAUUUCGUUAUGUGAAAGAUCCCAGAACAAUUAUACUAGCUGUGUUACCUGCGAAUGCAGAUAUGUCAACUAGUGAUGCUUUGCAAAUAGCUAGAAAAGUAGAUCCCAAAGGAUUGAGAACGAUAGGAGUAAUAACCAAAAUUGAUUUAAUGGACAAGGGGUCAGAUGCAAGCAAGAUGCUAAUGAAUGAUGAAAUUACACUAAGGUUAGGAUACACAGGAGUUGUAAAUAGAUCAACAGCAGAUAUUAAAAAAGGAAAAUCUAUAGCACAAUCUCUAAAAGAUGAAUUAGAAUUUUUCCAAACACAUCCUGUAUAUAAAAAAUUACCAUCAACCUUGUAUGGUACCACGUCACUUACAGACAAAUUGACUAAGGUAUUAUUGAGACAUAUAAAAAACUUUCUUCCAGAUAUUAAAGUUGAAAUAAAUGAUAAAAUUAGAUAUAUUAAUGAUAAGUUAUACGAACUUGGCACAAAUGUACCACUAGAUGCAACUAAAAAAACACAACUUCUAUGGUCAAUGAUUACAGAUUACUGUGAAAUAUUUAAAAAUACAUUAAAAGGAAAAUAUGACAAGAGAUUACAGGUAUUUAUUGAAAAUAAUGAUAUUAUUUGUGGACUUAAAGUUAGGAGUAUAUUUAACGAAUUUUUAGAUGAAUAUGUUGGAAAAAAUGUUACAAGUGAAUUAAGUGAUAACGAUAUAGAUGAUGCAAUAUGUCUACAUGAAGGGGAUAGCCUACCCGGUUUCCCAUCCCCAGAUACAUUUGAAUUCCUAAUUUUACCACAUUUAAAAAAAAUUAAUGCACCAGUAUUUAACUGUCUUGAUAAGGUUAGUCAGACAUUAGAAAUCCUAUCGCAGAAAAUAGCCAAUAGGGUACUUACAAGAUUUCCAAAAUUAUCUGAACAAGUUUUAGAUCUAUCUCAAACGAUUCUUUUGAGAGAAAAGGAAAAUACACAUAAUAUACUUGAAAAUUUUAUAGAUGCAGAAACCAAUUAUCUUUUCACAAAUGAUUCAUCAUAUCUAAUUGAACAUGGAAGUAUAAUUAAUGCAAAUGAAGAUGAACAACAGAAUAACGAAAAUGGUGUUCAAGAUUUUAAUGCACAUCAAAGGUUACAAAAUAAAAGACAACAGUCCAAUUUAUCCAAUUCAAAUCAAGAUAAUAAUACACAAAGCAAAUAUUAUACAAAUAUAAUGAAUGAACAAGAAUAUAUUACGGGAAAGGCAACCAAAUUUGUUACUACUGCUCAAAAAUCAGUUAUGAAUAUGUGGAAUGCAAAGGAAAAAAAAAAAACAAGAUAUAAUGCCCAAUUUAUUCAAGAAAUUAGGCGAAGAUUAGAUUGCUAUUUUAAUAUUGUUUUACGAAAUGUUAGAGAUAGUGUACCAAAAAUUAUUGGUUACUUUUUAAUCAGAAAAUUACAAGAAAAAAUGCAAUUCGAAUUAUAUUCAGAUUUAAACAGCGAACAAAAAUUGUACGAAUUGCUCAAUGAACCACCACACGUUGUUAAAGAAAGGGAACACCUAAAUGGACAGUUAGAUAUUCUCAAAAAAGCUAAUCAGGUUCUUCUAAAAGAUCCAAAUAUUACUUCUAUCAACUUGGAUCUAUUCGAUGCCAAUUACGAACAAGACUUAAUAGAGUUUCAAAAAAGUUUAAAAACAGCUACUAUACCACAACAUUCUACCCAUAACUACAAACAAACCAUCAGUUCCGCACAGGGAAAUAUACACACUAUGAUGGAUAGUUCCUCUGUCAACAAACGCAACCAAAUAAUGCAGAACAGGAACGCUUCACCCAGUUCAAUGAACUCAAACAUGAUGAAGCAGAGUAGCAUGAUAAAUCAGAAGAUGUCGUCUUCCUCUUACAUGCAGCAAAAUCUAAUCAACGAUUCCAAGGGAAAACACUUAUUCGAAAAAGAGCCAAUGAAGAAAAAGGCACAGUAUAACCCCCUAUUCGAUUAA